CAAUGAAUUUUCUCAUAGUGAAUAUCAAAUACUUGUCUUGGUUGAAAAUGCUACAUUUUUUUAUGCCGCUUUAUAACAAAUAGCAUCUCUUUUCACAGUCUCUCUGUUGCUCCUUUUCACAGUCACUCCUUUUCCAUUGUUUUUCCCCUCUUUGCUACUUCCAGAUUUCCAGCAGUGUUUGCGUAGUUUUCAGCAUCUGUGUUUUUCCCAUGAAAGGCUGAUUUCUGAAACAUUCUAUAUUGUAGACUCAGAAUGCUGCCCUUAUGAGUGUCUGCACACACAGAUGCUGUAGAAUCAAUCCUCUACCUCAGGAGGAAAAUAUUUCCUCUCAGAGUUAGAAUCAGCUUAUAUUUGAAAUAUUGUAUGGCUAGUGUAAUUCACUCUGCUUUAGCUUCUCAUUCUUUUCUCACUCACCCCCCAAUCCCACUGACUCUGGAUUCUAUCAGCUUUAGCCUUUCUCUUUUUCUAGAGAACAAAAAUGUAAUGUAAACGUACCUAUAAAUGUUGCCAGGUCUGAAAUAUAAUUACACUUUAAAGGACUAUGGGCUAGUUUUUGUAAAUUGCUUCGGUCUGUUUGAAGUUAUUCUUCAUUGACCAACUGUCGCCAUCUUUUGAUGUGAUAAAUAAAAACGUUGUUUUUACGUAUUCAAUUAUGUCGACACGUUAACCCAGCGUUAAUUUGAAAUGCCUCUCACCUGAGCAAAUGAAGAAAUGCAUGGUGUGUAAGUAGUACAUUUCAUAUGCUCUGUCUGGAGAAAGUUGAAGUCCUUAACAGCAGUUACUCAGGCCUAUCAAAGGAAAAUGCUAUUUAAAGGCUUUUUGAAUUUGAGUGACACUGGCUAAGAGUUAUUGACGGUGGUAAUUGAGUACAUGUUAUCAUGCGAAGAGGGGGUGUGUACACUAAGUAGUGAGUAAUUGUGGGUAAUGGUGCAUAUAAAUAAGCCAUCUUGUUAUUCAGCAAUAAAUUGACUUAAAUUACAUCAAAGUCUACUGUCCCGAUGUGAUGGUCUCACUUGACUAUACAUGUGGAAAUAUUACUAUUCUACAGUGUUUUGUGUUGCAGUGUGAAACCCUUUUAAAGAAUGAAUUCGCUGACUUCAUUUAUGUCAGCUCUGAUAAAAUAAUAGUAAAUCCUCAGUAGCAGUAUUUAUUGAAAGUAUUCAGUUCAAAUGUCAUUCCAAAAUGUAAAUCAUGAUUGCACACUUUUGUUAAUGCAGCUAUCAUCAGUGGAAUAUAUUAGAUGUCCUGUCAGUUUUGCUCUGAAAUUAUUUUAUUCACCAAUACCUGUAAAAUAGUUUUUGUCCAGUAAUUUUGUUAGAUUAAGUAGUUUGAAAAAUAGCACCUUUUUUUUUUUUUUUUCAUUUUUUUCAAUUGUGUCACUGGAAGACACUGCAUGAAAUUGUGAACACAAUCAGUUUUCCUUUGAAUGCACCCAUUUCACUUAGUAGUUCUUAAAGACAGAAAAUUCAAAACUAGCUCCACUUGUCCUCACAAUCUUUGUGCUUGUUCACGUGUGGGGCACCAUUUUGGGUUUUCCUUCACUAAGCCGCUUCAUGAGGCUUGCACUUGAAACAUCAACAGUGGUUGUCCAACCUGCCACCAUUGUUCUUCCUUCAUCAGCUGCAGGAGUUUUGACUUCUCCUGGGGUAGCUGUUCCUAAUGCAAGCAAAGAAACCCCAUCAGCGAACCCUUCAUUUUCUUGCCUGCCUUCUCAAGAUCAAGGCUUUGCAGAAGGAACUGGCACUCCUGCCACUUGUGAUCGGCCAAAUGGUCUUGGCGAUACUCUUGAAGUGUCCGAGCUGAAAGAAGCAAAUGAAGAGUCAACGUUGGUCUCGCCUGUAGAGCUGAGUGGUGACACAACUGGGGCUUCCAUUGGUUUACCACCUCCUGAAGAGUCUGUUCCUGCCACUGAGGGUCCCAUUAUAUCCCCAGGGCUGCAAAAUCCUGAAGAGGCCCUUGCUGCCGAAAUAGCCCCAAAUCUGUCCAUUGUUGCUACUAAAGAACCAACGGGCCAAGAGGUUACAAAGGCACAGAUGUCUGAAGAAGAUCAACAAAUAGUAGAAGAAAAACCAACUGAUUUACAACCCUCCGGUAAUGAAGAUGUAAAUGGUGAACCCAUGAAGACCACUGAUACGCUGACAACUGCAGUCGAAGGCUUGGCUGAUCUAAACCUUGAUGCAGCUCAAGAGAAAGUGUCUGAUGUGACCGUGGAAGUGGUGACUCAAAGUGAAAAUCCCGAGAAGAACGAACCUGUCAUACUUCUCUCCAAGCCCAUUCAGUCUAAGGGGAACAGUGCAAAUGAUGUGGUUCCUAUUUCCACCAGCAAUCUGUCAGGUUGGUUUGAGUUCUGUGAAAACUGGGUUCAUUCCCAUCGUUGUUUAUAUCCCUAUACACUGAAUCCCCCUCAUCAGAUUUUGUCAUUUGUAAUUUGAUUUAAAAAAAAAAAGUCUCUUUUGAAGCCUGUCUGUUGGUGCUCUUAAAUUGAUGGGAUGUGAAAGGGUCAAUUGCCUGUCUGUUCUGUACUUUAGUUUUUCCACAUAGUGAGAGUAGUUAGAUCAAGUGUCUUUUUGAGAAUCAGAAAUAUUAAUGGCUUAGAAAUGUUAUUUUCCCCAAUAUCAGUUUCAUUUUAGCUUUGAUAGAAAACCACUUAAUUCAAAUGAAAUGUUAUCAAAUAGACAGCCUGGUCAUUUUGCCUGGUGUUUGCUACUUUGUGCUUGAAGCACCAGAUCAGAGGCGUGGUUUGUCUGACAGAUCUUUGUGUCAACUCAUGAGUCGUGAUGUGUAAUUAAAGUACACUUAGAUCUUUGUGUUUAGUGCAUCUUGACUAAAUGUAGGUUUUCUGUGUGGAGAUUGGUAGCACAUACUGUGUAUUUGGAACAACUCUUUUCCACUGGCAUCUGAAAAGAGGGUCUUAACUCUAACACAAAGCAAAUGUGUGCCGCCUUGGGUUUUUGGAUUUCUAACCUGCAUGGGUACAACUUUUACUGAAUGAGCACCAUAUUAAAGAAUCUUUUUUCACUCAGCUGCACCUCCUGCCCAACCUCCCUCCCUGCCACCCCAGGCAGCUGCUGGCCCUGCUAAGCCCAAAGGCAAAGAUGCCAAGAGCGCAAAGGGUUCCUCUGCCCCAAAGGCUGUCCCUGGCAGAAGGAAGCGCUCUUCAAUGUCUGCCUCUUCCUCCUCCCCCACUUCACCUAAAUCUACCCCUUCCUCUGCUCCUCUUUCACCCGGGCUAUCUCCCUUGGCUUCCUCGCCUGGUGGCGUAUCCGCCCAUCAUUCCACCCGGUCUGGCCCUAAAGUUGUCAAAGCUGGCAAACAGGGCAAACCUCAAAAGGGGGAAGGGUUUGUUCCUGCUCCCGUUCAAGUGCAGGAAAAGCCAGCAGAGUCUGGUCUCAAUCAACCUGUGCAUGUUGAAACAAAGCCUGUAUCAGCUGAGAUGAAAAUUCCAUCUCCAGCUGUUAGUAAACCUGUUGCAGCUCCAGCUGCAUUUAAAGUUACCUCAAAACCUGCUGUGGCAGCACCAGUUUCAUUUUCAGAUGCUAUUGUUGCCAGCCCUCCCAAGUCUGUUGAAAUGAAGGCACCUUCCUCAAAGGUUUCUUCUGUUUCUGCUACUGAUGACGAGCUUCCUCCUCUCAUACCUCCUGAGAAACCAAUGAAACCAGUGCCUACAAGUUUGUCUUCUGCAGAGAAAGACAGUGUAAAGCUUGCUACAUCUCCUGAAGUUCUUGCAGUUUGCCAUGCUCCCCCCAUUUCAGAAGUUAAGAUUGAAGAUCAGCACAAGCCAUUGCCUGUUAAUGUUGCUGCUGAACCAGCACCAGUGAAGACAAGUUUGUCUCCUGUAGAGAAAGAGAGUGUAAAGCUUGCUACAUCUGAUGCAGUUCUUGCAGUUUGCUAUGCUCCCCCCAUGACAGUUUCAAAAGUUAUGAUUAAAGAUGAGCCCAAGCCAUUGCCUGUUAAUGUUGCUGCUGAACCAGCACCAGUGAAGACAAGUUUGUCUCCUGUAGAGAAAGAGAGUGUAGAGCUUGCUACAUCUGAUGCAGUUCUUGCAGUUUGCUAUGCUCCCCCCAUGACAGUUUCAAAAGUUAUGAUUAAAGAUGAGCCCAAGCCAUUGCCUGUUAAUGUUGCUGCUGAACCAGCACCAGUGAAGGCAAGUUUGUCUCCUGUAGAGAAAGAGAGUGUAGAGCUUGCUACAUCUGAUGCAGUUCGUGCAGUUUGCUAUGCUCCCCCCAUGACACUUUCAAAAGUUAUGAUUGAAGAUGAGCCCGAGCCAUUGCCUGUUAAAGUUGCUGCUGAACCUACUGAGGUUGCCAAGCCCACCGUUGAGGCUAAACCUGCCCCUGUGGAGGAGGCCAAGCCUACUGUUGAGGCUAAACCUGCCCCUGUGGAGGAGGCCAAGCCUACUGUUGAGGCUAAACCUGCCCCUGUGCAGGAGGUCAAGCCUACCGUUGAGGCUAAACCUGCCCCUGUACAGGAGGCCAAGCCCGCCGUUGAGGCUAAACCUGCCCCUGUAAAGGAGGCCAAGCCUGCCGUUGAGGCUAAACCUGCCCCUGUAAAGGAGGCCAAGCCUGCCGUUGAGGCUAAACCUGCCCCUGUGCAGGAGGUCAAGCCCGCCGUUGAGGCUAAACCUGCCCCUGUAAAGGAGGCCAAGCCUGCCGUUGAGGCUAAACCUGCCCCUGUAAAGGAGGCCAAGCCUGCCGUUGAGGCUAAACCUGCCCCUGUGCAGGAGGUCAAGCCCGCCGUUGAGGCUAAACCUGCCCCUGUGCAGGAGGUCAAGCCCGCCGUUGAGGCUAAACCUGCCCCUGUAAAGGAGGCCAAGCCUGCCAUUGAGGCUAAACCUGCCCCUGUAAAGGAGGCCAAGCCCGCCGUUGAGGCUAAACCUGCCCCUGUGGACGAGGCCAAGCCCGCCGUUGAGGCUAAACCUGCCCCUGUGGAGGAGGCCAAGCCCGCCGUUGAGGCUAAACCUGCCCCUGUGGAGGAGGCCAAGCCUGCCGUUGAGGCUAAACCUGCCCCUGUGGAAGCCGAAAAACCGUCCCAAGUUGAGCCCGCUGUCCCUGCACCCCGUAAACUCACAUUUGCAGAGGCCGUUGCAAAACCUUCCCCUGUUAAACCUGAAGCUGAAGUAAUCGGCACGACCCCUGAACCCGUCCCCUCGCCAAAACCUGCCCCACCACCUUCCAAAACCCCUGCCAAGGUGGAGUCCAUCAAGAACGAAGCUGGUAUUUCAUUACUCUCCUCUUUCAUGCCUUCUGUUUCAGCUGUCACCAUGUUCUCGGACAUAGUUAUUUAGAUAUGCUGUUAUUAAAGAGAGGUUGUUUUUUUUUGUUUUGUUUUUUUGUGCCUUGAAUUAAAUGCUCAGUUUUAAGAUGUACCUUGUGACUCUACUCCUGAUUUCAAGAAAAGAUUUGCAUUUUCAUCCUUAUACUAUAGGUUUUAAUCCAACUUUGAUUUUGUUCAGAAUGCCUUGUUUCAGAGGCCAAGGUGGUAUGUUAUAGUAACAUGCUUUAAAAAAUAUAGGUUUGAGACAAAUUGUCAAUACACUGAGUGGUUUGUAAUCCUUGGGCAAUAUAGACAUGCUUUGUCAAAAUCACUUAAUUUUUUUUCCCCAGGUCAAUUUUCAGACAUGCAUACAUGCGAUAGAAGCCAUGUUGUGUCUAAAUUGUCUACUGAUGAUGU